AUGAACAAGCUGGCCAACAUGCGUCACUGGUCCGAGAGGAUGAGCCCGAACUUCGGAAUGGGUCGUCCUAACAUGCCUAUGAAUGGCCUCAACCCGCAUCAAAAGAACGCGGCCCAGACCCUGGGCCCGAUCAACUCACCACAGGCUGCCGAUGCCUCUAUUCACUACUCGUUCAACGUGCCAUUCGCCUCCGACCUUGCGGGCCCCAAUACCGAGGACAUCGUCCAUGCCACCACCGAUGCCGUCCUCCGCUGGACGCACCCUGCCGAUGCUCCCGACGAUGUGCAAGUCCAUGAGUUGCCGGUCCAUGCCCAGAAUCUGGCCAAUCUCGGAAGACUAUGUCGAGAUUUGUCUGUUGGCCCACUGCCCAUUGAGGCCCAUGUCAUCUCUUCCUCUCCUAAGAAUGGCAAAGGCCAAGUUACUACGGUCUGCCUAUCCGGCUCCCCGGAGCUAGUACACAAGAGUCGGGAGACUAUUUUGAAUGAGAUACCCAUCUCUUUGCGUUGCACGACAAUCGACAUUGACGGAAACCUUGUUUGUGAUAUCAAUGCUGGCGUGCUCAAGAAGCCCGUUGUAGAAACAUUGGAUCAUAUCUCUAGAUUCUGUGGUGUAGAUAUCUUCUUGCUAGGGCCCAAGUUGACUCCCAUAGUUGACGGCAUGACGGGCGACUCGGAGUUGCGCAUGGACCAGCGAUGGAGAGUUGCUAUUUACGGCGAUAUUCUCUCGUCAGAACAUGCCAAAGCCCGUGUCUUGAUUCACAUUGAUACUCUGCUUGGCCGUACGUUUGAUGUCACGAAAAUUGAGCUGUCCUUUCACCAACUUGUUUGUGGCCGCCAUAGAAAGAACAUCAAGUUGAUUGAGUCAUCUACCGGGACUGCUAUUUACUUCCCACCCCUGUUCUCGCAGAUGUAUCGCUACUGUCCUCAAAAUGCGACUCGCCGGGACCCCACCGAUAUCUUCAUCACAGGUGAAACGAUUCAGGCCAUCGAACUUGCCAAGCAGAAGCUGCAUGAGACUGUCUCUAGAAUCCGGGUCUAUAUGAAGGACGUUACCAUCCCCGCUGCCAAGAUUGAUAGUAUCCUUCUAGGACGUCUUGAUAAGGUUCGCAAGAUUCUUGAGGCUAAUGGAACGUACAUCAUGUUCCCCCCUCUGGCUUGCCAACGAACCAUGGUCCGGGUCCAGGGGAGUGAGAGCCUACCUGUUGAACGCACGGUUCGAGAGAUCAUGUCACUGGCUGGCCAAUUUUAUGGCGCUGGGUGGUACAUGCAACAGCCUGAAGUCAGGCAGCAGCUCGCACCUGUUGAGAUACGAACUAUGCUGUCAGACAUCUGUGCCAACGCAGAGGCGGAUUUAUCUUAUGACAGAAUGAGCUUCACUGUCACAGGAUCUGAUGAUGCAGUAAAGUCUGCCUUGACUGUCAUUUCUGAUCUCAAGUUUGUUACCCAAUCGCAGUAUCAGAUCCGUGUCAAGAUUGAACUCGCCAACGAGCACAAGGAAUUUGUGAGCGGCAAGAAGAAUGGCAAGAUCAAUAAGAUCAUGGGCCAGAGUAACGUACAGAUCAUCUUUGAUGGGUUCAACGAAUAUAACUUCAACAUUGAUGUCAUGGCAGCCAGCUACGAUUCAAUGAAGCAAGGUUUAACUUUGGUUGAACAGGAAAUGCCUGCCUCCAUCUCCUUCCAUGUGCCUGAUCAGUACCACAAGCGUAUCAUUGGCAUUGGCGGACAGCAUAUCCAACGCAUCAUGAAGAAACAUUCUGUCUUCGUGAAAUUUUCCAAUGCAAUGGACAGAGGCGGCAUGGGACGCGAGGACGAUGACAUCAAGGUUGACAAUGUCAUCUGCCGUACCCCGGCUCGCAACGCCCAGAAUCUAGAUGCCGUUAAGAAUGAGAUUUUGGAAAUGGUGGAUCGUGCUGACUCCGAAUACACCACACAAAUUGCCAGCGUGGACCGCCUUUACCACCGUGAAUUGAUCGCCCGUCUCCCUGAAAUCGAUGAGCUGGAGCAAAAGUACAACUGCAAAAUCAACUUCCCGAGCACUGAGGAAGCCAGCGAUGAAGUUACCGUUACUGGCCCUCAGUGGCAGGUCCCUCACUGUGUGGACGAGCUUUUGGGUAUGGUCCCUGACAAGCAUGAAUUGGUGCUGGCUCGCACGGCCGAUCUAGUCAAGUUCUUGGAAUCGCCCCAGUUCGCCACCGACCUGAUAUCGAAACUCAAAGCCCAGUACGAAGUGGAGGUUACGUAUCAUCAGAACCCGGACGAGCUGACUGAGGAAGGCUCUCCGACUGUUACCUUGGUCUGGGGUUUCACGCGUAAUAACGCGGGCGGGCUCCGCGACGCCAUUGAUUUCCUCGAAGCUCAAAUGGCUGCUGCCACCGUUGAAGCGAGCGUCGUCAAGGGAUCCAUCCCGCGCCCCAAGUCUGACUCUUUUGAGGACUCUUUGCAGUACUUUGAUUCGAAGCUCCUCCAGCACGCUCCUGCCUCGUCCUCCAGCGACUCGCCUGUCAAAAGUGGCUUUGGUGCCGAGGUUGCUCGUGAGCGAAGCAGCAUUCUUGACCGCCUUCGCAAGCCCGGCAGCAUGACGUCUAUUUCCUCGUUCCUUGACCGCAGAAAGAAUAGCUCUCACUCGAUGAAUAGCAACUUCUUCAAGGGAUCCAGCAACGUUUCCAAGUCGUCUUUAAUCUCAAUCGAGUCGACCCGAAGCUUCAACGCUGACCGAAACCCUUGGAACGACAGUGGAGUCAACCUGCCCGAGGACGAGAAUCCUUGGGGACCACGACCGUUCAGCAAACAUAUGGACAACAAAUUGGCCAUCCCCCUUCCCGGCGAUAUUACGCCUCGCCAUAAUACCCGCGCGUCUGGAGACAGCGGUCGUCCAUCUACUUCUCAUUCCAUGAAUUCAGGAUACCCCGCCCAUAUUGGGCCCUUCCGUUAG